AUGACAAAGGAAACGUCAUCGUUUGGAAAGCAUCGCGAUAAGACACAUACUUUGUGCCGCCACUGUGGCUCUAUGGCCUGCCAACUUCAGAAGUCGACCUGUGGCAAACGUGGCUACCCCGCCAAGCACUAGAGGAAGUAUAACUCUAAAAGACAAAAUACCACUGGGACUGAUCGAAUGAGGCACCUAAAAAUUGUAUACUGCAGAUUCAGGCAUGGAUUCUGUGAAGGAACAACACCUAAACCCAAGAGGGUACCUGUUGCAGCAUCCAGUUCAUCUUAAGAAUUUCAACAAUUGGCCGGGUGCGGUGGCUCAUGCCUGUAAUCCCAGCACUUUUGGAGCCCGAGGU